UUUUAGAGCAAAACCAUGUCAUCUACAGUAAAUACAGCACCAAAUCUAACAAUGUUCCGCCGGGCCCCACUUCCACCUGUAAGGAAUACGGACACAGAAGUGGACUGCACUCCGUACGCCCAUGUACAGUACCGCCCGUUUUGUCAAACAAUUCGGCUGGAAAAACGGCGAAAAGCGCUGCAACGGGAGCGGAGGAAGAAGCUGCCGACGAUUUUGGAGAAUUUAUGCAUGUUUGAGUGGUUGCACAGAGUUGAUGCACACAGGGACCUAUCACACGAGGAAUUGCUUUUUGUGCUCACAAACGGAUUAUUCCAUCAAAAUAAAGGAAACGUAGCAAUUGUAUUCAACAAGGACGAGAGUACGGGAAAAAGUGCGACGAGUCGGAUGAAUGCGACAUUUGGGAAAAGUUCGAGUAGGAAAGAAGCUGUUAAACAAUUCAUGAAAUCACAUAAAAGUCCGAAAGUUGAAUUCGCGAUACCUGAAAACCUGAAAAAGUAUGGAAUUGGCAAUUUGCCAAGAAAGGAGAAGCCGGAGGUCGUUGUGAAAAGUGUGGAAGUUGUUACUUUAGAUUAAAUUAUUAUUUUUUUAAUGUUCUCUGAUUGUCAUAUCUUUUUUUUAAUAUCAUAAAUUUAUUUUUGAUGAAAA